UGAGGAGAGUUUGUACUGAUUUAUCUCUAAUUCUUAUUCACUAUAAGCAGUCUCACAAAAGACUGAAGUGAAUUUCCUCCUGGAGUGCCUGCCUUCAGGCUCAGGCUCCUCCCCGCCCAGCUAGAGCCAGCCUGUCAACAAGGACACGAGACAUUUCUCUGCUUGCUCACAACCAUUUCUGCACCAACUAUGGCGACGUUUGUGGAGCUCAGCACCAAAGCCAAGAUGCCCAUUGUGGGCCUAGGCACUUGGAAGUCUCCUCUAGGCAAAGUCAAAGAAGCCGUGAAGGCGGCCAUCGAUGCAGGAUAUCGCCAUAUUGACUGUGCCUACACCUAUCAAAAUGAGAAUGAAGUGGGAGAAGCCAUCCAGGAGAAGAUCCAAGAGAAGGCUGUGAGGCGGGAGGACCUCUUCAUUGUUAGCAAGUUGUGGUGCACAUUCUUUGAGAGAAGCCUAGUGAAGGAGGCCUGUCAGAAGACCCUGGAGGACCUGAAACUGGACUACCUGGACAUCUACCUCAUUCACUUUCCACAGGGACUUCAGGCUGGGAAGGAAUUCAUCCCCAGAGACGAUAAAGGCAAUAUCCUCCCCAGUGAAGCAACAUUCUUGGAUGCCUGGGAGGUCAUGGAGGAACUGGUGGACGAGGGGAGGGUGAAAGCCCUUGGUGUCUCCAACUUCAACCACUUCCAGAUCGAAAAGCUUUUGAACAAGCCUGGACUGAAAUAUAAACCAGUGACUAACCAGGUGGAGUGUCAUCCAUACCUCACCCAGGACAAACUGAUUCAGUACUGCCACUCCAAGGGCAUCACUGUCACUGCCUACAGUCCUCUGGGCUCUCCAGAUAGACCUUGGGCCAAGCCAGAGGACCCUUCACUUCUGAAAGAUCCCAAGAUUAAGGAGAUUGCUGUAAAGCACAAAAAAACCACAGCCCAGGUUCUGAUCCGGUUCCAUAUCCAGAGGAAUGUGGCAGUGAUUCCCAAGUCUUCGACCCCUAAGCACAUUAUUGAGAACUUUCAGGUCUUUGACUUCGAAUUGAGUGAUGAGGAGAUGGCAGCCAUCCUCAGUUUCAACAGAAACUGGAGGUGCUGUAUUAUACCUGGCAUGUCUUAUUUGAAGGAGUAUCCUUUCAACUCCAAAUAUUGAAGCUGAAUCACGUGAUGAGAUGACCAAAGGAUGCUGCCUUUUCAGUGCUGUGGAACUCACUUCCUGUGAGCCCUUUUUCACCAAAGCUUUUCUAAACCCAUGCUUUUCCUGGGCUCAUUGCAGGCAGACUCUAGGCAUGCUUGAAUUUAAAGCCUGUGUUCAGUCAGGAACAGACAUCACUGCAGUGUGGUACAACUUUUUUUUUUUCACUUCUUUUAUCUGUCCAGAGGUUUGUUAAAUGCCACAAACUCUGCUAACAUUGAGGAUACAAAGAUAAAAAUAAUUAUAGUAACCAACAAGUCCUGAUUUUAUUAUGCCCCAAACACUUUGAAGUGUUUUUCCUAUGGGUAAACUUAGUGAAUCCAACCCUUAUAACUCACAUUUUACAAAAGAGGAAAUGGAAGCAGAUACCAGGGAACUUACUCAAGGCCACCCAGAUAGUAAGUGACUGACCAAGUUUAAAAAAUAGGUGGCCCUGGGCGAACUCAAGGUGACUUGUCUGCUUUCUUCUCCUGACCCCUCUCCUUCUUUUCUCUGCUCUCCCAUUCUUGGUCUCCCGGAUUGCCCUGAACAAGCCAUCAUGCCAAGGAGUUAAAUGCUGGUAGAGGCAGAGUCUGUGAAACUCACAACGGUUCCACUGUUCACUGACAGAAGCAUCCUAGUGGGAGGGCUGGAAAACAGGAGAGAUCAAAUGCUUUCUAUUGCCAUUGAUCUGAAGCUUGUAUUUCCUUCUAUAAUAUUUCCUUUUAUGAAAUAUCCCAAUUAAAUAGAAAUGUACAGAGAAUACCAUGAGGAUCUGCCCCUCAUUUUAAACUUAAAUGCUAAAUUUCUAUCCAUUUCAUUUCUUUUUCAAAACCAUUGUCUCAGGCCAGGGAUUUAGCUCCAUGGCACUGUGCUUGCCUCACAAACUCAAGAUCCUGAGUUCAAUUCCCAGUACUACAAGAAAAACAAACAAAAUCAAAAACAUUGCCUCCACUAAGAAUUCUAAGAGCUUCCCCUCCCCUUGGGAACCUUGACACUGACUCCUGUGUUGACCCGUUCAGCUGCCAGCCAGGCCUGGCCCCAUGCUUGGGCAACCUAGUAGCCCUCCUACGGAGACUAGAUGUCCUCCUCCUACGGAGACAUGAGGGUUUGCUCCUGCCUCAGAGAGCAGAGUAAGACAGGUUAAGAAGAAGUACCUGUCAGUCCAUGUGGACUCCUCAGAUCCCUAUCACCAAUUCUCUCUUCAGUGGUUAAAUACCCAAGGAAAGACUCAGAGGAUGAUGAUAGUUCUGGGCAUCAAACUGCAAUGUGCAUUUAGAGCAGAAACCAUGAGCCAAGAU